AUGGUUAAAUGCAGGGGCUUCAAGCCCCAAGGUCUUCAAUUGAAUCCAAUCAAACGAGUGGCCAGUGGCGGGCCCUCCCUUGCGGAGAAGCUCGGAAGGAAUUCGCGGCCAACAUGGGAUCAGUUGCAUAAGAUGCUUAAGAAGAAGGAGGCGUCAAAUAGCGAAUUCCUUGAAAAGUAUGAAAACGAAUGCUUCAGUAGAGAACUGCAGAACUUCAGAAAUUCAAGGAUCGAGGAGCAAGAGCGGCAGCAUUUGGAGGCGGUCAAGAAGGAGGCAAAGAAGCGACAGCGCCGUGAUAGCUCCAGCAGUGACAGCAGUUCAAGCGGCGACGAGAAGUCUCGCAAGAAGAAGCGAAAGAGGGAGAAGGACAAGAAACGGAAGCAAAAGAAACAGAAGAAGGCGAAGACGUCGGGCAAUACCGAUGAAAAAGCCACUGAAAGCGUCACGCAUAACCCCUUCCGGCUUUCAACCUUCUUUGAAAUGGAAAAGGAAUGA